GUUGCUUACAAGAGCAUUCAAACAUCAUGUGAGUCAUUUCCUUUGAAGAAUAAUGCUACAUUUAAGAAAUGUGAGAAAGAUUAUCAUUGCAGCUGUAUGUCAGGAUUUACUGGAAAAAACUGUGAGAAAGUAAUUGACCACUGUAAACUGCUCAGCAUCAACUGUCUGAAUGAAGAAUGGUGUUUCAAUAUAAUUGGAAGAUUCAAAUAUGUAUGCAUUCCAGGGUGCACAAAAAAUCCAUUUUGGUUUUUGAAGAAUGUUCACCUGAUUCAUCUACACCCCUGCUACUAUGGAAUCACCUUCCAUGGUAUUUGCCAAGAUAAAGGUCCUGUUCAUUUUGAAUAUGUGUGGCAAUUGGGAUUUACAGGAUCUGAAGGUGAAAAGUGCCAAGGGGUUAUUGAUGCCUAUUUCUUUCUGACUGCAAACUGCACUGAAGAUGCAAUCUAUGUGAACACUCCUGAAGAUAAUAAUUCUUCAUGUUCAUUCCCAUGUGAAGGCACAAAAGAGAUCUGUGCAAAUGGAUGCAGUUGUUUGAGUGAAGAAGACAAUCAGGAGUAUCGGUAUCUAUGCUUUCUCAGAUGGACUAGCAACAUGUAUCUGGAAAAUAUAACUGAUGAUCAACAAAAUAAGUGUCAACAUGAAGCUAUUUGUGAAGAUGAAAUUAAUAGGCCCAGAUGCAGCUGUUCUCUUAGUUACAUUGGCAGAUUGUGUGUUGUCAAUGUUGACUAUCGCUUAGGGAACCAGAGUAUAUCAGUGCAUGGCCUCUGCCUGGCCCUUUCACACAAUUGUAACUGUAGCGAUCUGCAAAAAUAUGAAGGGAACAUCUGUGAGAUAGAUACUGAAGAUUGCAAAUCUGUGUCCUGCAAAAAUGGAACAACUAGUAUACAUUUAAGGGGAUAUUUCUUCUGCAAGUGUGUCCCAGGAUUUAAAGGCAAGUCUUUUUUUCCUGAUAAAUUAAAUUUUCUAGCGAAUAAUGUUGUUAAUAUAUUUAUUUGAUAUAUCUCAAAUGUGUCUAUUGAUUGGUA